CUAAUCUUUUUCUUUUAAUAAAAAACAUACUAAUUAUUGAAGAAAUACCUUUUAGAACAUUGAAUAUGGGGUGGGAUUCCAUGUAGCUGCAACGUGAAGUCAAAACAAAAUGUUUCAAUUAGAUAGAUAGAUAGCUCCAAUCAAUUUUCCGGUAAUUGAGAGAACUUGUUAAAAAAAUGAAGAAAGGAUUAUUCCAAAGUAAGAAGAAAGAAAGUGAGCAAAAAAGAGUAUACAGUUUUGGUAGUUGUCUAGGAAGGCUGAAGCAAAAGGAUCUACAUCUACUGGAAGAUGAGUCAAAAAAGACGCAUAAACAUGAGCAGCAGAUCAUUGAUCAAGCUCAAGUUCGAGUCGAGCAAUCAAAGUUCGCCAUUGAUACACCACCGGUACUGAUUCAAGCCUCGUCUUUGGCGACUGCUGAACAAGAAAACCCAGAUGAAGCAAAGUCUAGGAGAGAAUUGAUAGAAGAAAUUGUUGCACACUUGGAGAUGGAGGACGUUUACAAAGUUGUUCUUCACGGGAAACAUGGUGUCGGGAAAACAUGGAUAGCAAAAGAAGUGAUGAAACAUGCCGUCUUUAAGAACAUUGUUGAUGUCACAAUCUUGAUUAAUCUCAAUAGAGAACACCCAGAUUAUCAUAAUACUAAUGCAUUGUAUAAAAAUAUAGUAAUUCAACUAUCAACACAGCAGGAUCUUGCUAGUACUGAAUACCAUCUCCAUGGUGACAACAUGGAGAAAAAUAUCCUUGAUAUCUUGAAGCAAAAGCUAAAAGGAAGAAGAUAUCUACUAGUAUUGAGCUUAGAUGAUCCAAAGAUAAGUGAAAGAUUAGUUAUGUUUAUGCUGAAAGAAAUGCUUAAGUUUGGAGAGCGGAAUAUAUCCAAGAUUUUAGUGACGAAGCUUGCAGUUGAUGAUAUGAUGACAAUUAACAAUGACUUAAUUGGAGAUAACAGCUACGGUAGACGCAGUGUUGCUGUAGAGAUAAAUUCUUUGACAUUGUGGGAAUCAAAGGAUUUGUUUCAGAGGAGUUGGAACAAUAAUCACAUUGUAAGCAAUAAUGAUCUUGAAGAGAUUGUUAAAAGAUGCAACUAUUUGCCUGCUGCAGUCGUGUUCACACGUAAUGUGCUAUCGUAUGCUCUAGAGAAUGCGGCAGAUGAUCUUAUAAAGAAACUAGCCAUCAUAGAGGCAAAGAAACAGGUUGAUGAUUAUUGGAUGCUUGGCUGUUGGAGUGGUUUUAAUAAGUUCACCAAUAACAUUUCACUCCGUAGAUGCUUUUGGCUUAGUUGGGUGUAUUUGAAGAAGGCUGCAAGUAUCAAUUAUAAUCUUCUGAUAAUGUAUUGGAUAUUAGAAGGGUACUUGGAUGAUAGUACAACUACCCUCGAAAAAGCUUAUAUAGAGGGUCAUGUUAUCUUGACGGACCUUCUUGAUGCCGGUUUGCUAGGGGAGCGAGAGGUUGGUGAUGUUGUUUUGGAAAGAGCAGGAUUUAACUUUGCAAAUUACAUUUUUCCUGAUUUAUGUGAAGAACCUCGGUUUAGAUAUCCCUGUAUCUUCGAGAAGUUAGAUGGCGGGGGCAAUGUGAAGCGUAUGAAUGGUGGCAUAGCAACAAUAAGUAAAAAAGAUUGGGGAGAUAAGGACUCUAUCAUCAUGAAAACACUUAUCCUCCAAGGAAAUGAGAUCUUUAAAGAAGAUAAAAGAAAAGAAAAUGAUACAAUUUUUAAGAGUAUUAUAACAGGCUAUGAUUACAAACCACAUAUCGUGUCUCUUUCACAUAUGGAGCUCGAAGAUUUAAUGUGGAUGGAUCAUCUACUCAAAGUUCUGAUUCUAAAGGAUUGUUGCUUGAAGAACUUACACAGUAUUGGAUCUCUUUGGGCAUUAACUCAUCUUGAGAUAUCUGGAACUAGCUUAAACGAGCAUAUUCCUAAGGAUCUUUUUGCCAAAUUCAACAGUCUUCAAAUCCUUAAUAUGUCCGGUACUCCAAUUAAAUCUUUUCCAAGGCCAUCAUCUCGCACCGAACUAAGAAAACUAGAGUAUCUAUUUAUGAGAAAGUGCACUCAGUUGGAGACUUUCCCAGACGUUAAUGGUCUAGAGAAACUUAAGGUGCUUGAUCUUUAUGGUUCCAAGUUCAAGUCAUUGGAUAAGAACAUUGGUUAUUUUGAAGAUGUUCCGAAAUUGGAGAUGUUAGAUCUUUCGGAGACAAACAUUGAGGAAUUAUCUGGCCUCAUGAAACUCCAGAAUCUAACUCAUCUCUUGGUAAAAAACUGCCUACAGUUAAAAAAAAUUGGGUCACUUACCACAUUAACAAAACUUGAAGUCAUCGAUGCCUCAGGUUGUAAUGCGCUAGAUGAUGUUGGGGAGGUAAACUACCUCCCAACCGGUGAUUCAUUAAGAAAACUCGAUCUUUCGAGCACUAUGAUUCGUACAAUUCCUCCUUUGAGAAAUACUAGCAAGCUCAUAUAUCUUUGUUUGAAGGGUUGUCAGCUUACAGAGUUACCACCCAUAGAAGGCGCGAAAAACCUUCGCGUGUUGGAUGUUUCAGAUGUCGUUCAGUUGGAGAAAAUCAAUGCUUCUUUUCAAGACAUGGAAUCCCUGCAAGAGAUAUUCCUUUCUAACACCAAAAUUAAAAUACUGCCACCACUUUCUGGUUUGGAGAGCUUACGAAAGCUUAUCUUGAAAGGGUGUGAAUUACUGCAGUCAUUGCCUGAAAUGGAUAGACUGAUCAAUCUUCUACUUAUUGAUCUGCGGGGCUGUAAUGCUCUGGAAACGUUGUUGGAUAAUGGAAAGUUUGAUGAUGUUACAAUCUUGAGAAGUUAAGCCAAUUUCAGUAUAAUAAUAUUACUUCAAUGUAUUUUGUUUCUGAUCAAUUACAUUUCCUGAUUAAAUACUUCUAUAAUAGGGUUUUUAACCAAUUUGGUUUCACUUAAUGCAUUCAUUCCUGUAAAAUAUAUAGUACAUUUAUUCCCGUGAUAUACUCAUAUAGAGUAAUGUGCAUUCUUGUAAAACAUAAUAAUUUUAGCAUCAUCUUGUGCUAUUUUUUAAGAGAUACUUCAUCCUUGCUUUAACAGGAUGCAACAUUUACAUUUUACAUAGUAACCACUAUUCAUCCACUAACUUUAUUCCAUAUUUUGUCACAAAUGUACGAUGUGUCGUAUAUUUAUAUAGGUUUUAGUUGCAUUUAGGUUGGAUUCUAGGAGCAUUUAGGUACAUUGUAGUUUAUAAUUGCAUGCUAUUACUUAAUCUGCAAUAUAU